AAUAUAAAUUACGCGGUCUCCACAUUUUACCCUUUUCUCUCUCUUUUCUUCUCUCUCUUCCAUCACUGUCCUUUCUUCUUCGAUCAUGGCGAUCUGAGAGAGAGAAAGGAACACACUAUAAAUUAUUUAUUCUUUAGCUAUUAUUCGAGGUCCUUCUUUCUUCUUCGUCUUAAACUCUGUCGUCAUUGAUUUUACUCUAACGUUACCGGAUUUAUCUCAUAGAUUACACUCAAAUAAGUCGUGACGGAGCUAUUAUAUGGAGGUUAUGUCGCCGCUAGACUCGAUUGAUUCGUUGUUGUUCUCCGCCAGCAGAGCAUUGUGUACUCCUUUCGCUGUAUUUGUUCAGAUCCAGGGAUAUGUAAUAUGCUUACUUUUGGCUGCUGGAUGGGCUGGUGCAGCUUAUGUAAGAAACAGAGAAAUAAGACAGAUGAAGAAAUGUAUGAAAGAUGGGAAUGACUUUGCAUUUCUUAGCCAUGAUCUUCAUGAUCUUGAGCACUCAAAACAGAUCCAAUUGCCAGGUGUCACUGUUGUAAUGCCCUUGAAAGGCUUCGGUGAACACAAUCUACACAACUGGAGAACACAGUUAACCUCCCUUUAUGGUGGCCCUUUGGAGUUCCUUUUUGUUGUGGAUAGCACUGAAGAUCCAGCUUAUCAUGCUGUAUCUAGAUUACUCCUAGACUUUAAGGAUGAUGUUGAUGCCAGAAUAAUCAUAGCUGGUCCAUCCACAACAUGUAGUCAGAAAAUUCAUAAUCAAUUGGUUGGAGUGGAAAAAAUGCAUAAAGGGAGCAAAUAUGUGUUGUUUCUAGAUGAUGAUGUCAGGCUGCAUCCUGGAUCAGUUGGAGCACUCACUGCAGAGAUGGAAAAGAGACCUGAGAUAUUUAUUCAAACUGGUUACCCUCUUGAUUUACCUUCUGGAAGUUUGGGAAGUUACUGUAUCUAUGAAUAUCACAUGCCAUGUUCAAUGGGAUUUGCAACUGGUGGAAGGACAUUCUUUCUUUGGGGAGGAUGCAUGAUGAUGCAUGCAGACGAUUUCAGAACUGAUAAACAUGGUGUUGUCUCACAGCUUAGUGAUGGUGGAUACUCUGAUGACAUGACUCUUGCUGCCAUAGCUAGUGCUCAUAAAAGGCUUAUCACAUCACCUCCUGUUGCUGUUUUCCCUCAUCCACUUGCUAGUGAUCUCACUUUUUCAAGGUACUGGAAUUAUUUGAGAAAACAAACAUUUGUGUUGGAGUCAUACACAACAUAUAUAAAUUGGGUAAUGAACAGAGCAUUAUUUUCUGUCCACUGCUACUUAUCUUGGGGAUUCGUAGCUCCAUAUGUUAUGGCAUUCUUUCAUGUUAUAGCUGCUUUAAGAUUUUACAUGAAGGAAAAGGUAGCUGAAGAAUCUCCUCUCAACCCUAAAGGGUUGAUUCUGGUGGGAUGCCUAGUGACAUGCACAGCAAUUGAACUUCUUUCAAUGUGGAAUUUAACAAGAAUAGAAGUCAGACUAUGCAACAUGUUGUCACCCGAGGCACCUCCUCUUUCACUCAGUGCUUAUAAUUGGUGUUUGGUGUUUGUUGCAAUGGUGGUGGAUAACUUCUUAUACCCGAUUUCUGCUAUCCGUUCACAUUUUUCUCAAUCUAUCAAUUGGUCGGGAAUCCGAUACCAUUUGAGAAAUGGAAAAAUACACAAGAUUGAAAGAACAAUGGAAAAAGGCAAGAAGUUUUCAGAUUUGGCAGCGAAACGUUUAUACGCAAGGAAAGGAGCGCAAAGCAAGAUUUCAAUUCUUGGUUCUUUAUCAAGAGGUCUGGCCCACUGGAGACAACCAAAAAAAUACGAUGUCUAAAAAAAAAGAAAAAGAAAAAAGAAAAAAGAAAACAUUUAUGGUGAGCAAAAUGUCACCAGGUAAUAUGAUUUAUCCCCCCAUUUAUAUAUGGUUGAUUGGUGAAUUUUAAUCAUCCAUGAACUUAGGCAUUCUUUUGGUUUAUUUUUAAAGAAAAAAAAGAUUAAAAUUCAAUUGAUUGAUUCUUCAGCUUCAGAUUCAGAUGUAGCUGUAGGAGACUGUAGUGUUAUUCGUUUUUAUCUGGCUUGGCUUGGUUUUGUAUCUUGUAAAUUUAAUUGUUGUGUAAUUUAAAAGGAACUACUAUUUGCAUCCAAGUCCUAAUUUUAUUAUUGUAAGACUCAUUUUGUUAAAGGAAAAUUUGCAUCAUGUUUUGAUACACAA